AUGUUGCAGGCAUUUCGUCUGUUUUGUACUCUAUUAAUUAGUUAUUUGCUGUUCAUUCAUGAACUCAAUGGAAAUAUCGUCCAAAUAGAACAAGUUGAGAAUAAUAAUGAUAAAUCUGUAUUAAACACUCUCGAGCAAAAUCAAAAAAAAGCAAGCGAUGAACAAACAUUAAAUAUUGAUCGAAAGAAAUUCAAUGAACCAGCACAACGUAAUGAUUCAGUGACCGUCCAAACAACUGCACGUCCAUCAUCAUGGGCAAAAACUCUUCCAAUUCGAACACCGCGUGUUCGAACCACACGACUUCCUGUUCCUCGUCAAACUACAAAAAAACCAAGAGUUAUAAAGUCAUCGAUUCUUUACUCUGUUCCAUCAACGAUCAUUGGAGUAACGAUCAUUGCUGGCACUGCUGUUGUAGUAUAUUUAGCUUGUUUUGUAAAACAAAGAGCAUAUUAA